UUACAAGGUGGCAAGGAACAAUGGACUGGCGUUUAAAGCUCAUUUUGAUUAUGACCUGUUUCCUUUCAAAUCUGCCAGCUUUGAAAACAAAUAUAUUUACAACAAAUGCUGCAUCACAGACAUCUCAAGUACUAUCAACCUUCACUUCAGCAACAUCUUCUACAGAUGCAGCUGUGCAAAGUACAAGCUCUUCUUCUUUACAAACUACAUCAACAUCUUCAACACCCAUUUCAACAAUAAGCUCCAGUACAUCUACGACUGCGCAAACCACUGUCACAUCAACAUCGGUGACAGCUGAAUCAACGUCAUCCCCAUCUACUACCGUGGCAGGUGCUUCAACAACAACACUAACACAGCCAACUUCAUCAACCAUUACUACAGGAGAUGUGUCACCAUCUACAACUGUUUCAAUUACUACUCUGACCGCUUUGUUGACAGAAAGCACAGUGCUAAGUACAAUUAGUUUGGCUACCACUGCAGUGCCAAGUACAACUACAUCAGCUUCACCCAGUACAUCUACUACUGUUGAAAGUACUAUCUCCUCAGCAACAGUGACAACUGUUUCAGCUCCAUUACCAACCAGUAGCAGUUCAAGCACUUCAACAACAGUUCCGGCAACAUCAGUUUCAUCAACCUCGAGUGCUGCACCACAGACAUCUCAAGCACCAUCAACCUCCAAUUCAGCAAUAUCUACUACAGAAGCAGCUGAGCAAAGUACAACCUCUUCUUCUGUGACAACUACGUCAACAUCCUCAAUACCCAUUUCAACAGCAAGCUCCAGUACAUCUACAAAUACACAAACCACUGUCACAGAAACAUCAGUGACAACUGAAUCAACGUCAUCCCCAUCUACUACCGUGGCAGGUCCUUCAACAACAACACAAACACAACCAACUUCAUCAACUAUUACUUCAACAGAUGUGUCACCAUCUCCAGCAGUUUCAAUUACUACUCCGACCACUUUGUCGACAGAGAGCACAGUGCUAAGUACAAUCAGUUCGUCUACUACUGCAUCCAUUGCAGUGCCAAGUACAACUACAUCAGCUUCACCCAGUACAUCUACUACUGUUGAAAGUACUGUCUCCUCAGCAACAGUGACAACUGUUUCAGCUCCAUUACCAACCAGUAGCAGUUCAAGCACUUCAACAACAGUUCCGGCAACAUCAGUUUCAUCAACCUCGAGUGCUGCACCACAGACAUCUCAAGCACCAUCAACCUCCACUUCAGCAAUAUCUACUACAGAGGCAGCUGAGCAAAGUACAAGCUUUUCUUCUUUGUCAACUUCGUCAACAUCUAUAACACCCAUUUCAACAGCAAGCUCCAGUCCAUCUACGACUGCGCAAAGCACUGUCACAUCAACAUCGGUGACAACUGAAUCAACAUCAUCCCCAUCUACUACCGUGGCAGGUACUUCAACAACAACACUAACACAACCAACUUCAUCAACUAUGACUUCAACAGAUGUGUCACCAUCUCCAGCAGUUUCAAUUACUACUCUGACCACUUUGUCGACAGAGAGCACAGUGCUAAGUACAAUCAGUUCGUCUACCACUGCAUCCAUUGCAGUGCCAAGUACAACUACAUCAGCUUCACCCAGUACAUCUACUACUGUUGAAAGUACUGUCUCCUCAGCAACAGUGACAACUGUUUCAGCUCCAUUACCAACCAGUAGCAGUUCAAGCACUUCAACAACAGUUCCGGCAACAUCAGUUUCAUCAACCUCGAGUGCUGCACCACAGACAUCUCAAGCACCAUCAACCUCCACUUCAGCAAUAUCUACUACAGAGGCAGCUGAGCAAAGUACAAGCUUUUCUUCUUUGUCAACUUCGUCAACAUCUAUAACACCCAUUUCAACAGCAAGCUCCAGUCCAUCUACGACUGCGCAAAGCACUGUCACAUCAACAUCGGUGACAACUGAAUCAACAUCAUCCCCAUCUACUACCGUGGCAGGUACUUCAACAACAACACUAACACAACCAACUUCAUCAACUAUUACUUCAACAGAUGUGUCACCAUCUCCAACAGUUUCAAUUACUACUCCGACCACUUUGUCGACAGAGAGCACAGUGCUAAGUACAAUCAGUUCGUCUACCACUGCAUCCAUUGCAGUGCCAAGUACAACUACAUCAGCUUCACCCAGUACAUCUACUACUGUUGAAAGUACUGUCUCCUCAGCAACAGUGACAACUGUUUCAGCUCCAUUACCAACCAGUAGCAGUUCAAGCACUUCAACAACAGUUCCGGCAACAUCAGUUUCAUCAACCUCGAGUGCUGCACCACAGACAUCUCAAGCACCAUCAACCUCCAAUUCAGCAAUAUCUACUACAGAAGCAGCUGAGCAAAGUACAAGCUCUUCUUCUGUGACAACUACGUCAACAUCUUCAAUACCCAUUUCAACUGCAAGCUCCAGUACAUCUGCAAAUGCACAAACCACUGUCACAGAAACAUCAGUGACAAUUGAAUCAACGUCAUCCCCAUCUACUACCGUGGCAGGUCCUUCAACAACAACACAAACACAACCAACUUCAUCUACUAUAACUUCAACAGAUGUGUUACCAUCUCCAGCAGUUUCAAUUACUACUCUGAACGCUUUGUCGACAGAGAGCACAGAGCUAAGUACAAUCAGUUCGUCUACCACUGCAUCCAUUGCAGUGCCAAGUACAACUACAUCAGCUUCACCCAGUACAUCUACUACUGUUGAAAGUACUGUCUCCUCAGCAACAGUGACAACUGUUUCAGCUCCAUUACCAACCAGUAGCAGUUCAAGCACUUCAACAACAGUUCCGGCAACAUCAGUUUCAUCAACCUCGAGUGCUGCACCACAGACAUCUCAAGCACCAUCAACCUCCAAUUCAGCAAUAUCUACUACAGAAGCAGCUGAGCAAAGUACAAGCUCUUCUUUUGUGACAACUUCGUCAACAUCUAUAACACCCAUUUCAACAGCAAGCUCCAGUCCAUCUACGACUGCGCAAAGCACUGUCACAUCAACAUCGGUGACAACUGAAUCAACAUCAUCCCCAUCUACUACCGUGGCAGGUACUUCAACAACAACACUAACACAACCAACUUCAUCAACUAUUACUUCAACAGAUGUGUCACCAUCUCCAACAGUUUCAAUUACUACUCCGACCACUUUGUCGACAGAGAGCACAGUGCUAAGUACAAUCAGUUCGUCUACCACUGCAUCCAUUGCAGUGCCAAGUACAACUACAUCAGCUUCACCCAGUACAUCUACUACUGUUGAAAGUACUGUCUCCUCAGCAACAGUGACAACUGUUUCAGCUCCAUUACCAACCAGUAGCAGUUCAAGCACUUCAACAACAGUUCCGGCAACAUCAGUUUCAUCAACCUCGAGUGCUGCACCACAGACAUCUCAAGCACCAUCAACCUCCAAUUCAGCAAUAUCUACUACAGAAGCAGCUGAGCAAAGUACAAGCUCUUCUUCUGUGACAACUACGUCAACAUCUUCAAUACCCAUUUCAACUGCAAGCUCCAGUACAUCUGCAAAUGCACAAACCACUGUCACAGAAACAUCAGUGACAAUUGAAUCAACGUCAUCCCCAUCUACUACCGUGGCAGGUCCUUCAACAACAACACAAACACAACCAACUUCAUCUACUAUAACUUCAACAGAUGUGUUACCAUCUCCAGCAGUUUCAAUUACUACUCUGAACGCUUUGUCGACAGAGAGCACAGAGCUAAGUACAAUCAGUUCGUCUACCACUGCAUCCAUUGCAGUGCCAAGUACAACUACAUCAGCUUCACCCAGUACAUCUACUAUUGUUGAAAGUACUGUCUCCUCCACAACAGUAACAACUGUUUCAGAACCAUCACCAACCAGUAGCAGAUCAAGCACUUCAACUGCAGCUCCGGCAACAUCAGUUUCAUCAACCUCGAGUGCUGCACCACAGACAUCUCAAGCACCAUCAACCUCCACUUCAGCAAUAUCUACUACAGAGGCAGCUGAGCAAAGUACAAGCUUUUCUUCUUUGUCAACUUCGUCAACAUCUAUAACACCCAUUUCAACAGCAAGCUCCAGUCCAUCUACGACUGCGCAAAGCACUGUCACAUCAACAUCGGUGACAACUGAAUCAACAUCAUCCCCAUCUACUACCGUGGCAGGUACUUCAACAACAACACUAACACAACCAACUUCAUCAACUAUUACUUCAACAGAUGUGUCACCAUCUCCAACAGUUUCAAUUACUACUCCGACCACUUUGUCGACAGAGAGCACAGUGCUAAGUACAAUCAGUUCGUCUACCACUGCAUCCAUUGCAGUGCCAAGUACAACUACAUCAGCUUCACCCAGUACAUCUACUACUGUUGAAAGUACUGUCUCCUCAGCAACAGUGACAACUGUUUCAGCUCCAUUACCAACCAGUAGCAGUUCAAGCACUUCAACAACAGUUCCGGCAACAUCAGUUUCAUCAACCUCGAGUGCUGCACCACAGACAUCUCAAGCACCAUCAACCUCCACUUCAGCAAUAUCUACUACAGAGGCAGCUGAGCAAAGUACAAGCUUUUCUUCUUUGUCAACUUCGUCAACAUCUAUAACACCCAUUUCAACAGCAAGCUCCAGUCCAUCUACGACUGCGCAAAGCACUGUCACAUCAACAUCGGUGACAACUGAAUCAACAUCAUCCCCAUCUACUACCGUGGCAGGUACUUCAACAACAACACUAACACAACCAACUUCAUCAACUAUUACUUCAACAGAUGUGUCACCAUCUCCAACAGUUUCAAUUACUACUCCGACCACUUUGUCGACAGAGAGCACAGUGCUAAGUACAAUCAGUUCGUCUACCACUGCAUCCAUUGCAGUGCCAAGUACAACUACAUCAGCUUCACCCAGUACAUCUACUACUGUUGAAAAUACUGUCUCCUCAGCAACAGUGACAACUGUUUCAGCUCCAUUACCAACCAGUAGCAGUUCAAGCACUUCAACAACAGUUCCGGCAACAUCAGUUUCAUCAACCUCGAGUGCUGCACCACAGACAUCUCAAGCACCAUCAACCUCCACUUCAGCAAUAUCUACUACAGAGGCAGCUGAGCAAAGUACAAGCUUUUCUUCUUUGUCAACUUCGUCAACAUCUAUAACACCCAUUUCAACAGCAAGCUCCAGUCCAUCUACGACUGCGCAAAGCACUGUCACAUCAACAUCGGUGACAACUGAAUCAACAUCAUCCCCAUCUACUACCGUGGCAGGUACUUCAACAACAACACUAACACAACCAACUUCAUCAACUAUUACUUCAACAGAUGUGUCACCAUCUCCAACAGUUUCAAUUACUACUCCGACCACUUUGUCGACAGAGAGCACAGUGCUAAGUACAAUCAGUUCGUCUACCACUGCAUCCAUUGCAGUGCCAAGUACAACGACAUCAGCUUCACCCAGUACAUCUACUACUGUUGAAAGUACUGUCUCCUCAGCAACAGUGACAACUGUUUCAGAUCCAUUACCAACCAGUAGCAGUUCGAGCACUUCAACAACAGUUCCGGCAACAUCAGUUUCAUCAACCUCGAGUGCUGCACCACAGACAUCUCAAGCACCAUCAACCUCCACUUCAGCAAUAUCUACUCCAGAAGCAGCUGAGCAAAGUACAAGCUUUUCUUCUUUGUCAACUUCGUCAACAUCUAUAACACCCAUUUCAACAGCAAGCUCCAGUCCAUCUACGACGCAAAGCACUGUCACAUCAACAUCGGUGACAACUGAAUCAACAUCAUCCCCAUCUACUACCGUGGCAGGUACUUCAACAACAACACUAACACAACCAACUUCAUCAACUAUUACUUCAACAGAUGUGUCACCAUCUCCAACAGUUUCAAUUACUACUCCGACCACUUUGUCGACAGAGAGCACAGUGCUAAGUACAAUCAGUUCGUCUACCACUGCAUCCAUUGCAGUGCCAAGUACAACGACAUCAGCUUCACCCAGUACAUCUACUACUGUUGAAAGUACUGUCUCCUCAGCAACAGUGACAACUGUUUCAGCUCCAUUACCAACCAGUAGCAGUUCAAGCACUUCAACAACAGUUCCGGCAACAUCAGUUUCAUCAACCUCGAGUGCUGCACCACAGACAUCUCAAGCACCAUCAACCUCCACUUCAGCAAUAUCUACUACAGAGGCAGCUGAGCAAAGUACAAGCUUUUCUUCUUUGUCAACUUCGUCAACAUCUAUAACACCCAUUUCAACAGCAAGCUCCAGUCCAUCUACGACUGCGCAAAGCACUGUCACAUCAACAUCGGUGACAACUGAAUCAACAUCAUCCCCAUCUACUACCGUGGCAGGUACUUCAACAACAACACUAACACAAACAACUUCAUCAACUAUUACUUCAACAGAUGUGUCACCAUCUCCAACAGUUUCAAUUACUACUCCGACCACUUUGUCGACAGAGAGCACAGUGCUAAGUACAAUCAGUUCGCCUACCACUGCAUCCAUUGCAGUGACAAGUACAAUUACAUCAGCUUCACCCAGUACAUCUACUACUGUUGAAAGAACUGUCUCCUCAGCAACAGUGACAACUGUUUCAGCUCCAUUACCAACCAGUAGCAGUUCAAGCACUUCAACAACAGUUCCGGCAACAUCAGUUUCAUCAACCUCGAGUGCUGCACCACAGACAUCUCAAGCACCAUCAACCUCCAAUUCAGCAAUAUCUACUACAGAAGCAGCUGAGCAAAGUACAACCUCUUCUUCUGUGACAACUACGUCAACAUCUUCAACACCCAUUUCAACAGCAAGCUCCAGUACAUCUACAAAUGCACAAACCACUGUCACAGAAACAUCAGUGACAACUGAAUCAACGUCAUCCCCAUCUACUACCGUGGCAGGUCCUUCAACAACAACACAAACACAACCAACUUCAUCAACUAUUAUUUCAACAAAUGUGUCACCAUCUCCAACAGUUUCAAUUACUACUCCGACCACUUUGUCGACAGAGAGCACAGAGUUAAGUACAAUCAGUUCGUCUACCACUGCAUCCAAUGCAGUGCCAAGUACAACUACAUCAGCUUCACCCAGUACAUCUACUAUUGUUGAAAGUACUGUCUCCUCCACAACAGUAACAACUGUUUCAGAACCAUCACCAACCAGUAGCAGAUCAAGCACUUCAACUGCAGCUCCGGCAACAUCAGUUUCAUCAACCUCGAGUGCUGCACCACAGACAUCUCAAGCACCAUCAACCUCCACUUCAGCAAUAUCUACUAAAGAGGCAGCUGAGCAAAGUACAAGCUUUUCUUCUUUGUCAACUUCGUCAACAUCUAUAACACCCAUUUCAACAGCAAGCUCCAGUCCAUCUACG